UUUUUGCAUUCAUUUCUUACAUUAAUUCUGCUCUCUUUCGUAAACGAAUGUUGAGUGCAGUAUUUAUUAAUUAUUAAGCUUAUUUAAUUUCAUAAGAGAGUAAAGAUUAAUGCAUAGAUAAAUGUACAUUUACAUCCAUAAUAGUUGAAACUCUAAACAUCGAGCUAUUUCCUUAAAGUGAAAGAUGUUUCCUUUAUCUCUGUUAUGUUGAUAUUUUUGAAAUAUCAUUUAAUCUUGUUUGUUUGAAGUCUUAAUUUUUAUUAAUUUUACUGACGCUUGUGAAAGUAAAGGAGAAGUUAAUGCCGUGUGCCGGUGCUAUAAAAAGUUGGGGUGCAAAUUGCUGAAGUGUUAUUUGUUAAAACUUACCAAAAUGGGUUCAGAACCUCCUGCUCUAGCGAUUCCAGAAACGUCUGGCGGUUCUGUGGGAAAGAAAAAAGUAGCAUUGAAACCUGGGCGUUCCUUAAUGGAUUGGAUUAGGUUUACACGUUCAGGCGAAGAUUUAACUUCUAGUGGAGAAAAAUGCUUACAAAUCACUACUAAUGAACUGUCCAAACAUAAUUCUAGAACAGAUGCAUGGAUUUCAAUUAAAGGAAAAGUCUACAAUAUAACACAUUAUUUGGAGUACCAUCCUGGAGGAGAAGAUGAACUAAUGCGAGGAGCUGGUAAAGAUGCUACAGAUUUGUUUAAUGAAGUUCAUCAAUGGGUCAAUGUAGAUUCAAUGCUCCAAAAGUGCUUUGUUGGCUAUUUGAAAAAAUCUUGGUGGUGACUUUUCCAAGGCAGCAAGCACAAGUGAAGAAAUUCUAUAUACAUGUUGAACUUUGCCUUGAUGCAAAUGCUGUAAAUAAACUGCAUCAAGGUCUAAAUUUUAUUGCUAAUGGUCCAAAGAAUGCGCUAUUAUUCAAGUUGUUGUUCUUGAUAAUAAUGUCUCUUGUAUAUAAAUGUAUAUACUGAUAGGA